UUUUAUUGGGGGACAAACAUGAACUUCAAGAACUUUAGAAGUAACCAGCCGCCGACAGCUGACGCCGGCGGCGGUGGAGGUGAUUAUAAGCCUCCCGGGAAUUAUCCAAUAAGUAGGCAGCCAUCAAUCUAUUCUCUGACCUUAGAUGAGUUCCAAAGCACAAUGGCUGGAAUAGGCAAGGAUUUCGGGUCAAUGAACAUGGAUGAGUUGUUGAAGAACAUUUGGAGCGCUGAAGAAACUCAAACAAUGGCUUCUUCCAGCGUUGGCCUGGAGGCAAAUGGCGGGUUACAAAAGCAAGGGUCUUUGACUUUGCCGAGGACGCUUAGCCAAAAAACUGUGGAUCAAGUUUGGAAAGUUAUGUCAAAGGAGUUCUCUGUAGGGAAAGACGGGAAGAUUGGAACCGGAGUGACUGAUAAUAUGCCACAGAGACAGCAAACUCUUGGGGAGGUUACAUUGGAGGGGUUUUUGGUGAGGGCUGGUGUGGUUAGAGAGGAUAAUACCCAAUUGUCCCGGAAGCUUAAUAAUGUUAAUGGCAGCUUCUUUGGGGAAUUACCUCAAGCAGGGAGUAAUACUGGGUUUGGAACUGGGUUUCAACAAGGUGGAAGAGGUCCAAAUUUGAUUGGGAAUUGGCUUCCUAAUGAUGGUCAUCAAAUUGUUAUUCAACCUUCCAAUUUGACUUUGAACGGAGUUAGAUCAAACCAGCAGCAGUUACCUAAUCAGCAACAACGGCAGAGGCAACCGAUUCUUCCUAAGCAAUAUGGUUUGGAAUAUGGAAGUCAGAUGCCUUUGCAAAAUGGUGGUCAAGGUCUAAUUAAUGGUAAUGUCCAGGGUGGUGAUGGAGAGAUAGGUUUAGGAAGGGCAGUUGGUGUUGCCACUGGAUCACCUGCUAACCACCAUCUUUCAUCUGAUGGGAUUGGGAAGAGUAGUGGAGACACUUCCUCUGUUUCACCCGUUCCUUGUGUGUUUAACGGAAGUUUGAGGGGUAGGAAAUCCACUACUGUGGAAAAGGUUGCAGAGAGGAGGCAGAGAAGAAUGAUCAAGAACCGAGAAUCCGCUGCCAGAUCACGAGCUCGAAAGCAGGCUUACACAACGGAAUUGGAAGCAGAAGUUGCAAAGCUAAACAAGGAAAACGAAGAAUUGCAGAAGAAACAUGUAUGUCAUUUCCCUUCUUUGUUUCAGUGCAUUCAGUUCUUGGCAUUACUAAUUAUUGGUUAUGGCGGACACAUGCUUACAUUCUUGUUGACUGUUCUUGGUUGCUGCAGGCACAAAUGAUGAAAUUACAAGAAAAUCAGGAAACUGAGAUGAUGAAAAUGCAACGAGGAGCAAAGAAGCGAUGCUUGCGCCGAACACAGACAGGUCUAUGGUGAAUUCAA